UAGCCCCAACGAAGCUACGUGGAAUAAAGGCAGUACAGUUUCCUCGAUAGGCACCAGUUGACGAUUUAUUCUCCGAUUAAUUCUGAAUUUUAUUUCAUUGUCAGUUUUCAUUGCUAAUACCUAAAAGCUAGACAAAGAAAGCUCGAUUUAUCAUGGCUGCCUUUAAUCCCACCUCUGACAUACCCUCACUAGAGGGAAAGGUGAUAUUGAUCACCGGCGCUAAUGCCGGGAUCGGAAAGGAGACAGCAAUUGGGCUCGCCAAACACAACCCAGCAAAGAUAUUCCUCGCAUGCCGCAACGCUUCGAAAGCCAGCGCGGCCAUCGCGGAUAUCCAGGCAAGAGUGCCAAAUUGCCCUUCCGUUGAAUUUCUGCAACUCGAUUUGGCGUCAUUCUCGUCCGUCCGCGAAGCCGCUGCUACAUUCAAAUUGAGAAGUGAUCGACUCGAUAUCCUCAUUAACAACGCUGGAGUCGCAGCACUGCCACCGGGGAAGACUAAGGAUGGCAAUGAGAUUCAGCUGGGGACAAACCAUCUCGGCCAUUUCCUGCUGACGAAGCUUUUACUCCCUGUCCUACAGCAGACGGCGGCACAGGCACAAUCGGCAAAGGAUGUUCGCAUUGUGAACCUUUCGUCCAUCGCGUACAAAUAUCUUCUCUGGAAUAGGAAAGGGAUCAAUUUCGAGGAUUUGAAUUUUGGUAACCGGGCAUGGCAUGCGUGGGGUCGUUAUGCUCAGAGUAAACUCUCCAAUAUCCUCUUCACGAAGGAGCUGGCAGCGCGCUAUCCGGAAUUGACGGCGGUUGUCGUCCACCCAGGUGUUAUUGACACUGAUAUAUGGGAAAAUAACUGGUCGGCCAAGUUAUCGAGAUGGAUCUUUAGGUGGAUUUGGUAUGAUGCUAAGACUGGGUCUCACACUACGCUCUUCGCGGCGACGGCAGGGAGCGUCCAAAGUGGUGAUUUUUAUUUUCCAAUUGGAAAAUUGGAAGCGGGAACAAAGCUUUCGAAUGACCCUAAAUUGGCCAAGAGGUUAUGGGAGUGGUCGGAGGAGAGAGUUGGGGCGCAAUAAUUUUCUUAUACUUUGAUCUGGUUCUGGAUAUCACGCAAGUUGAAUUGUUUAGGUUUUUUGAAUGUGUGGUAAUACUACCCACAUAACCUAAAUUAAACCAACUAAAUAUUAUCACGUUGCGUAUCAGCGAUACCAACCACUGAUCAUUUCUUAUCUUUGCAAUACAUAAUAUGGUUGGUUAUGUAGUCGAAGGUCUGGACACGACUGACCCCGCAUUGGCUUCAGAGGCCGGAUCGAGCGGAUG